AAAGUUGCAGUGAGGAUGGAGUUAAUUCGUGUAAAGGGCUUGGUGAGUGCCUGGCGAGUGGAAAGUGUUCCGGCGCGCGUGGUCCACGCCGAGCGGCCGAGACGCCUCGGCUGCGCCUUCAGGAUGACGGAGUGGGAGACAGCUGCACCUGCAGUAGCAGAGACCCCCGACAUCAAGCUCUUCGGGAAGUGGAGCACCGAUGAUGUGCAGAUCCAUGGCAUUUCCCUGCAGGAUUACAUCGCAGUGAAGGAGAAGUAUGCCAAAUACCUGCCCCACGGUGCAGGGCGCUACACGGCCACGUGCUUCCACAAGGCGCAGUGCCUCACCAACUCCAUGAUGAUGCACGGCCGCAACAAUGGCAAGAAGCUCAUGACUGUGCGCAUCAUCGAGCACGCCCUUGAGAUCAUCCAUCUGCUCACAGGCCAGAACCCCCUGCAGGUCCUGGUGAACGCCAUCAUCAACAGUGGCCCCCGGGAGGACUCGACCCGCACGGGGCGAGCUGGAACAGUGAGGCGGCAGGCCGUGGACGUGUCCCCGCUGCGCCGUGUGAAUCAGGCCAUCUGGCUGCUGUGCACAGGUGCCCGUGAGGCCACCUUCCGGAACAUCAAGACCAUUGCCGAGUGCCUGGCAGACGAGCUCAUCAGUGCCGCCAAGGGCUCCUCCAACUCCUACACUAUCAAGAAGGAUGAGCUGGAACGUGUGGCCUAGUUCAACCACUGAUUGCCUGACCACAGCUGCAAUAAAGCUGUUUUCCCUUUGGGGUGCCCCCCCCAAAAAAAAAGAAUGACCAGGAACCACCAGACAUUCCAUCCUCUGUGGAUACCCUCUCAGGGAGUGAUUUGGGAAAUAAAGGAAAUGUGAACAACA